UCGUUGUAACAUAUUCCAAGGUCUCCCUCCCUAUUGUCGAUUAUAUUGCGACAUUAUUGCUGAGUCGAGCUUGCAAAGUCAUGUCGCAAGCGAGAGCUUUCUGAUGGUUCAGGAAAGUGCAGUUCAGGCGUUUGUAUGGGGUUGAAGAAUUGUGAGGAUCGAUUUGACGAUGUGCAGGUUGGAGAAAUCUGAAAACAAGUCUGAUUACGGGGUGGAGAAGGAGGAGAGACGGUGGCAAAUGGGCUUCAAGUAUUUGGGAGAAAGUAAAGUUGAGAAAAUGAAGAGUUCAGUGAUCCCUCGCUCACGCAUGAAACUGUGGAUAAUUCGGGCCACCACCACUGCUUUGCUCUGGACUUGCGUUGUUCAGUUGACGGCAUUGGGGGAGUCGUGGGGGCCGAAGGUUUUGAAGGGUUGGCCCUCUUGUUUUACUCCUUCGGAUUCUCCUUUGGCCGUAAAAUUAUCUUCCGUUCCUGCGAAAAUCCACUUGCCACCCAAAAGGGUUUACAAAAACAAUGGUUACCUCAUGGUUUCAUGCAAUGGAGGACUUAAUCAGAUGCGGUCAGCAAUAUGCGACAUGGUGGCUGUUGCAAGAUAUUUGAAUGUUACACUUAUAGUCCCGGAGUUGGAUAAAACCUCCUUCUGGAAUGAUCCUAGUGAGUUCCAGGACAUUUUUGAUGUGGAUCAUUUCAUUACAUCCUUGAGAGACGAGGUUCGGAUAUUGAAAGAGCUUCCACCUAGGCUUAAAAGAAGGGUGGAGCUAGGAAUGAUACACUCAAUGCCACCCAUCAGUUGGUCAGACAUUUCGUACUAUAAGAAUCAGAUUCUUCCUCUGAUACAGAAGUACAAGAUUGUGCAUUUAAACAAAACUGAUACUCGACUUGCUAAUAAUGGCCUACCCAUAGAGAUUCAGAAGCUGCGCUGCCGAGUAAAUUUCAAUGCUUUGCGGUUUACUCCUCAGAUAGAGGAGUUGGGUAGAAGAGUCAUACAGCUUCUGAGGCAAAGGGGCCCUUUCUUAGUCCUUCAUCUCAGAUAUGAAAUGGAUAUGUUAGCGUUUUCUGGCUGUACUCAGGGUUGCAACAAUGAAGAGGUAGAAGAGUUGACAAGAAUGAGGUAUGCUUACCCCUGGUGGAAAGAAAAAGUGAUAAACUCUGAACUGAAAAGGAAAGAUGGUUUGUGCCCUCUGACCCCCGAGGAAACUGCUCUUAUACUGAGGGCAAUGGAUGUCGAUCAUAGUGUCCAGAUUUAUAUUGCUGCUGGAGAAAUCUAUGGUGGAGAAAGGAGGAUGGCGAGUCUCAGAGCAUCAUAUCCAAAUUUGGUCAGAAAGGAGACGCUGUUGGAACCUGCUGAUCUUAGGUUUUUCCAGAACCAUUCAUCCCAGAUGGCAGCAUUGGAUUAUCUGGUCUCUUUGCAAAGUGAUAUCUUUGUUCCUACAUAUGAUGGAAAUAUGGCAAAAGUUGUUGAAGGCCAUCGCAGAUUCUUGGAGUUCAAGAAGACAAUUCUAUUGGACAGGAAGCUUUUAGUUGAUUUGAUAGACCAAUACAAUGACGGAUUACUGGGCUGGGAGAAGUUCUCUUCUUUAGUUAAAGAUGCUCAUGCAAAUCUAAUGGGGAGCCCAAGUAGAAGAGUUGUGAUUCCAGAUAGACCCAAAGAAGAGGAUUACUUCUAUGCCAAUCCACAUGAGUGUUUGCAAUUGGUUGAACCAUUGAGUAGCACGUGAACUUCAUCUUGGUCAGGAGAUUGGGUUACAUUCAAGCAUCGUCUCUUGCCUAUAUGGCUUUACUUUGAAGCUUAAUUGAUUCAAUAACUUGUGGGGGUGAGAGAUAUAAAAGUGGAAGAUUCUUGUAGUUCUUGUAUGCUCUGGGAAAGGAGGGAGCAGCAGUUCGUGUAUACUCUGGGAUAGAGUUAUAUCUGGAGGCCGCUGCAGAAUAUUUAUAUAUUUCUUAUUCACAAAUAACACGAUUCUUGUAUAGACAGCACCUUGCCAUUGCAGGGUCAUAGCAGAUCAGCUGCAUUGUACAACAAAUGAGGAUUGAAAUACAGAUUUAGUUUUGUUGGGAUUGAGGGGAGAUUCAGACCCUCUUCCUUUACGACCUGUAUUCUUUUUGGACUUACAUUAUUGAAGUCCUGCAAUUUCUUUCAUUG